UGAAGAGUUCUACUUUCAAUCGGCCAAAGUGAAAGUCGCUUCAAACAAAUGUCAAAUGAAGAAAAACUGUGUGUUUGUAACGUAAUUAUACUUUUUUCAAAGUUUAAAGUUUGAAAAAAAUAAGGUAUGGCAGACCCUACAUUUACAGUCGAAAGAUGCCCAGGGCUAUACUGUGGAAGAAUUCUACUCGGUGGUAAUAAUUACAGUGAAUGUGGGGCAUGUCCUAGAGGAUACCAGCCAAAUGAACAAAGUAUAUGUCUGGCUUGUGAUUCGGAGCCCACGUUUUAUGAUUGGAUGUACUUGGCCUUCAUGGCUCUUUUAUCCCUCAUUCUUCACUGGUUUUUCAUUGAUUAUACCAACAGAAAUAAAACAGCAAAGUCCCUGAUACCCCUUCAUGUAUCGGCCCUUCUGGAGAGUGUGGUAGCUGCCAUAUUGACCCUAUUACUGGUCGAGCCGUAUGGCUCCCUCAGAGUUCGGUCCUGCCCGGUCACAAAGCUCUCAGACUGGUACUCCAUGUUGCUCAACCCCCAGCCAAAUUACGCCCAGAAACUGUACUGUACACAGGAAAUUGUGUACCCACUGUAUACAAUAGUUAUGAUAUACUAUGCCUUCUCACUUCUGCUAAUGAUGCUGUUCAGACCAGCAAUAUCCUACAAGUUUACCCAGCGUAGAGGAACGAAAUCCAUCUACGCAGCCCUAUAUUUUCAUCCCAUCCUGAUCGUCUUGCAGGCAGUGCUAAGUGGACUCUUAUAUUACUUCUUUUCUUACAUGGUGAUAGUGGUCUCUUUGAUAACGAGUGUCAUUCAUCUCUGUGGAUGUGACUUGAUAUCCUACUCCUCUGUGACCAAAGACAUUUUUCUGAAUGGACGGAACCUGACGAUACUGGUGGGUCACUGGUUCCUCCAUGCCUUUGGGAUCAUCUCACUGACUCAGCUGACUCAACUCGAGAUCCACCUUCCUAUCUUGGCUCUGGUCCCAUUCCCAACUCUCUUCUUCAUUCUGACCAUCCAGUUCUCACAUCCUUCUCAUCUGGAGGAUGUCCACUGAGUUUUGCGAGUUCAAUUCUUAAGAAUGAAAGGACAGUUUUCCAAGGAAUAGAGCUUGAGUUUGUCAGAAGGUGAAAGUUGACUUUAUACCAUAUUUUUCCUUAAAUGUUUCGUACAUACGUUCAGCUAUUUUCAUUUGAUAUGUGUGUACUGCUUCCAUACUAAUGAAUGUAAUUUGACCAAGGAAAUAUAUCAGAAUGUGGGGAAAAGUCUAUAAGGUACCCAGUUUAUUCUGUGUUAUGACUAUGAUCAGUGUGUUACACCAAAAAAACCACAUGUGUACUGAUUUAUUGCAAAGUGCAAUCUUUGUCAUCGUAUAACAGUCAACGACUGAGGGUAACGAGCUGUCAUUAUGAUUAUGAUUAUGACUAGUUAUACGUACUUGUAUUGAUUCAGACCUCUCUUCUCCUUAGUAGGUUAGAUAGAUGAGAUGGAUGUACACCUAUUAACUUCAUAAGUAUAUAAAAUGUCAAUAUAGCAGGCUAUUUAUUGAUUGACAAACUGGAUCUAAUAAUCUCAGCCUAGAUUGCAGCACAAGUAUGGAAGAAAUUAUCUGGUUAAUAUAAACCUCUGAACAGAAAUAGCUGUUCAUUUUAUGUCUAUUUAUGUUGGUUUGCAAAAAGAACGCUAUAUUGAUCAGUUUGAAGAGAAGUAUUUCUGGAGGAGAAUUAUGUUGUACAUAUUUAUUAAUGUUGAUUGCAAAUAAAAUUGUGAGUUCAGCAACAUAGAA